ACUGGACAGUGUUCUCUUUUUCAUCUUCAUGAGGUUCACCAUUAUCUUGCACAGUUUAAUGAUCACAUGGACGUUUGCAAGAAUGAAGUAACUUCACCUUUCAAAAUUCCAUUCAAAGACAAGGAUAAGAGCAAAGGUUCGCCCGCUGCGGCAACAAGAUCACCUUUGGCUGAUCCACAUGAUCAACGAGAAUUUUCACAACGGGAUAUCCAAACAAUUAAAGCACGACAGAAGAAACGGCUUGCUACCGAACAAGCACAGGCGCGAGAUGCUAAGAAAGCUCGAAAGUCGACUAACAUUCAGAAUGCUCAGGACCCGUUAGCUGUAGUGGAUAGAAUAUGCGGUGAAAUGGCAGCUUCGCAAGUCAAGCGUGAUCAGCGCCGCGAGUCUGAAGAGCGCACUCGACAUCUUGAAACCGACUGUGCCCUUUCUCGAGAGGCCUUGGAAAGACAUGCUCAGGACGACACCAUGGCUAGAGAGGUAGUUUGA